GGAGAUGUCUACCCAGUGGAGCCAUAUGAGGGCUUUGCAGUGAGUCAAGUUCUUGAUGCACAUUGGGGUGUUCUCGACGAUGAAGAUUCAAGUGGUCUUUGUUCGCAUACUCUAUCCAUACUUGUAAAUGACUCUCCUGGGGUUCUCAACAUUGUAACAGGCGUUUUUUCCCGUAGGGGCUACAAUAUUCAGAGUCUUGCUGUCGGUCCAGCUGAAGAGGAAGGUAUUUCUCGUAUUACCACUGUUGUUCCUGGAACUGAUGAAUCUAUUGGCAAGUUAGUCCAACAGCUGUAUAAGCUUAUUGAUGUUCAUGAGGUUCAGGAUAUAACCCACUUGCCUUUUGCUGAAAGAGAACUGAUGCUUAUAAAAGUUGCUGUAAAUACUGCUGCCCGAAGGGACAUCCUGGACAUAGCUGACAUCUUUCGAGCCAAAGCUGUCGAUGUAUCCGAUCAUACCAUCACACUUCAGGUAGUGCCUUUCCACUUAAUAAUUUUAUUUAUUUAUUUCAUGGUGUUUAUGAGUUUUCCAAAUAUUUUUCUCUGUGUCAAACCCAUAACAUUUCUUUUAGAAUCAGUUAUUAAGUAGCAUGAUCAAUGACUUAUAGGUCUGCAAGUUCUUUUUCCCUCUUUUUACCUAAAAUCAUACCUAAAAUCAAGACAACAGUCAACUUAGCUUGCUCUUAUUUAUUUAUUUAUUUUAAAUGCACACUGAUUUUUUAUUUAAUGCACUGGAAGCUGUCUAAAUGAAGCCAAAACUGGUGGUUCAGCACAAAUCUUCACGGUCAAAUUGGUGUUACGAUUUUAUUUUCCCACUAUUUUUCAGUCCAGCCGCAUGGUAAAUGUGUUCUGGUGCUGAAGAUUAUAUUGUCUGAAAACUAAAAACCUGACUACGUGAGUAAUUAUGAUUACAAGCCGGACUUAAUGUGUUGAUGAAUUUUGAUGUGACAGGCACUGGUGCUCAGCUGCUUCUCUAAUUGUACCAUUCUGAAAGUUUUGUCUAGAACAUCUCUUGACAGUUUCAAGAAUCACAUUUUCAUAUGGAACUUUGUAAAUAAUUCAUAAUCUUCUGCAAAUAUAUUAUGAGUUAUUUGAGCUUCUGAAUUUGGUUGAAUUAUGUGCCACAAUGAAGAUGUUUGCAAUAUAGUCUAAUCUAUUUUAUCUUGAAUUUAGACCAAGUUACUAACUUUGCCUUAUCUGUAAAAAGAGAAAUGGACCUGCUAAUAAUUUUGAAAGCUAAAGGGAACAUGUACACAUUUGGAAUAACUAAAGAUACCUUAUUUUGAAUUUUGGAACCUUCCCUAUAAUUUGUUGUACGUAUACAUUACCUACAAGAAUUUACAUGUCAGCAGCUAUCUGGUAUAGCAGCUUUAAAGCUACAUUACCGCAUGUUCGAAACAUUUUUCUUUGUUAUGCAGCAAUUUAAAGGGAACAAGGAGUCUUUCUCCAAGUGGAUUUCCAUGCUCCACUUGACAAACCAAAAUCAUCUUUGAUGAUGAUGUCUGGUGUGCAAUAUUUAUCCCUCUCGGAAAUAAAUUGACAUGUUACUUUGUAUCCUCUAAGCAACCAGCUAGUCUCGUGUUCCUACUGGGUCCUGUUUAGAUUGUAUGGGAUAGGAUUGUAUCCUGCAGGACUUCCUGAUCUCACCAGCUGUUUAGCCCUGUUACACCCUCACCUCCACCUGUAUCUCAUGCAUGAGCCCCGUCACCACUUUUCCUCCACCCACCCACCUAUGACUGCCUUCACCUCUCUCUUUGGCAUACAAAGCCCCAGCUUUGUCCCUCUUUUCACCCCUCUUAUUGGAACUACAGUUAUACCAGAUCUUUUUGUUAUACUGCAGUUGGAUAAUCCUUGUGGGAUUUGGAAACUUUUUGCUUCCUAACUAUUGUAGCAGAAUAUCUUCCAAUUAUGGUAGUGUUUCUGGUUUAGAAUUUCUUCAAAACUCAUCGCUGCAACUGCUUCCUAAGCGUUUCUUCUUCUUCUUAUUAUUUUUUUCAUGAAAGCCACUUCCUUGAUUCCGCACUGCUCCACCUGCACCUGCACCUGCACCUGCACCUGCACCUGCACCAGCUUUUGGUAACCAAGUUCGAGUUCCUGCAAAAAAAAAAGACUUUGGAUCUUUAUUUAGUGGUUUUUUAAGAGACACCCUGGGAACUUCAAAUUGAAAGGAAAAUAUUUUCUACUGGUCAUGCAGAGUGUGAAAAGAUCAGACUCACUAUUAGUAGUUGUCUUUUCAGUUUUUUUUAUGCUUUCUUGUAAUUGAAGAAAAAGAAUAAUUCAGGUUUAUAAAAUGAGGGGCGAUUGCAGGGCUAGUGGCUGGUUCCCAGCUGUCUUACAAAGGAUAGACAUGCACACAAGAAUUCCUUUUUUUUUUUAACUUUUAAUUCAGGGUUUUUGUAGGGCUAUCCUCUCCUCAAGUAAUCUUGAGAAUAAUUUAUUAAGCAGCUAAGGAAUCUCUUGUGGUUAGACUUGUUCACAAGUAGGACUGAAUUUCAUUGAAGGGCAAAAUUCUAAUACAGGAUCGAAAUGUAACGCCUAAAGUUAUUA